GUCAGCGACCUGUGGUACUUCCUCGACGCAGUCCUCGGAUAGCAGUUCUUCUCAGCAGACAGCAGCAGACAGCAGCAGGCGGCAGCAGGGUACCAAGGAAGCGGCGAACGAUGGUCCUGCCAGUGUUUCCUGUCCAAGGCGCCGAUGAGGCAUCCAACGUGUUCUUGCAGCGCGUUCACACCUUCAUGGACCUGACCGCUGCAGAACAGGAGCGGAUUGCCGCUGCAGCAGCUGAACAGCAGAGACUGGCCCAAGAGGCAGCAGCUGAGCAACAGAGGCUGGCCGCCGAGGCACAACGGUUGGACAACGAGGCAGCCGUCCAGCCGCAGCUACAGCGAGAACCCGCCAAAGCAGCACAACAUCAACAGCGUGCCGCAAGCACACAGCUAGUCAACGAUUCACUUACUUUGUGCCCGAGUACGGUCGAAGCACAAGCCCGUGCACCAGCAGCACCACCAAUCGGUUCAUCAGCAGCUGGCCAGCAAUGGGGCCCAUGUGUAGCAGCAAUCAAACGUACAGCUGCCACCACCACUCAACGCAUCAUCAGCCUGAUUGGCGAGGUGGGCCAGUUCGAGGCCCCAACGACGCUCAGCAACCAGGUGACGGCACUUAAAGCUGAACUUGUUCAGCUGAAGUCCAGACUGGAUAGCGGCUGGGCAUUCAAGAUGCCCAAGUUCAACGUGGCCAAAUUUGACAACUAUCACAAUACCGACACAUUGGCAUGGUGCACCGCAUUCAAUACGGAGGCGGACGUGCAUCACGUUCCCGACGAUCGGCGCCUCAACGCGUUGUACCUCCAGCUGAUUGGCGGCAGCCAGGCCUUCAUGAACAAUUUGGCGUUGCAAAGAUGUACGAUCGCAACAAUGCACACCAAAAUUACAUGGGACGAGUUUGUGCAGCUGUGGCAGACGCGGCUCAUGGUCCGAAACGUGAAGAAGACGGUCAUGAACGAGCUCUACCAUUGCAGCCACGACACUAUGCCUACCGGAGAAUGGUUGACGAAGUGGCAAAAGUUUGUUGCCACUCCGAAAUUCAACCUCGAUCUUCACGAUUUGAGAUCUGAGUUCUUCUCUCGGGCAUGCGACGGGUUGACUACGGCUCUCAGCAACGAGUUGCAGUACAAGACCUUCGACGCAGUCAUAUCAAGAGCUAACAUUCUCAUACAAACGGACCGGCGGGCGGCCAAUGAAAGUCACCAGCAGCAGCCGGCCUAUGUGGCAAAGCCAGGAUUUCAGCGGCACAAUGCCAAUGUGAUCCUAACCGGAUCACAAGAAGACCACACUGCCGCAACAACCUCUGGUGAAGGAGACGUUGUAGCAGCGAUCCCUCCCCGACGCACACGAGCUCGGAAGAAGAAGGCGACUACCCAGGCGUCGGAAGGAGCUGGACAGCAGCCGUGGACGCAGUAUCACCUUAGCGAGUAGGUCUACCAUCUCCGCCUUAAGUACAACUACCGCCCAAUGCACGCACAAAGGCAAAGCUAGUGUGUCUCGUCCAACCAGCUCUUGAAGCUGAGCACCGCAAGG